CGUUUCCUUGUAUCAAUGACAUUCUUGCGUUUUCUUCGAGAAUGCAGGAGAAUAUGUAGGUCCGAAAAUCGUCAAUCAUCGUUGGUCAUCGGUUUCUAUCGCCGCGCGAGAAUAUAUAAAGGGGUACACGUGUUUAUCCCAUUAGUGCAUGACAUAUGCGGUUAUCGCGUGGAUUAGCAGGAAUUGGAGCUGAAUAAUUUUUUAUCAGAAAUUCGAUGAGGUUACGAGCAAUUUCUAGUAAUUUCUGAUGCUGCAAAAUCUCUACGACAUUCCAGAACGCUUCAGAAUUUAUGUUAGAGAAAGAGAGAGAGAGACAGAGAAAGAGGAAGAAGAAAUUUGCACAGGGCCUACAUAUUUUACGGAUUCUUGUAACUUUUCAUUUUCGCUGAGUCAAGGCAUCCUAUAAGGAAAGUCUUAACACAAUCACAAUGGAAUUUCCAAAUUUGGGAGAACAUUGCUCUGAGAGCAUGUGUAACCGCUUAGAUUUUCUACCUUUAAAAUGUGACGCCUGCAAGGGAAUCUUUUGCACGGAUCAUAUAACGUACACAAGUCACAGUUGCUCCAGUGCGCACAAGAAGGAUGUACAGGUGCCUGUAUGUCCACUGUGUAAUGUUCCUAUAUCGAUGAAACGUGGUGAUCCACCUGACCUGGCCGUGGGAUUGCACAUGGAUAAUGACUGCAAGGAAAGUCGUAGGAAAAUUUUCUCCAAUAAAUGUUCCUCCAAGGGAUGUAAAGUCAAGGAGAUGGUGCCAGUGAAGUGUAGCGAGUGCAGCGCCAAUUUCUGCUUAAAACAUAGGCAUCCCACCGAUCACGCCUGCAUCGGAGCAGAAGAGGCAUUGAGACUGCGUAGAUUGGAAGCACUAAAUAAAAGAGCUCAAACGACAAUAACGCAGAAUAACAGUAACAGCAACUCGCAUUCAUUCCGAAGCCUUCAAGGAACAAUGAGCGAAGAUGAGGCGUUAGCCAGGGCCCUCCAGGCUUCCUUAGAAGACGAAGAGAGAAACAGACGAGUAUUACAACCAGUGCCUUCUGAAAACCGAGAUUGGUGUAGACUUUCGUAAUUAUUUACAUAUUAUUUUAUACUGUUGUAAGAGAAAAGAGAACUUUUUGUCUUGUUUUCCGGAAAAACUUGAUGUAAAAAUAUAUAUGUAUCAGAUAAUUUAUUUUUAAGCAAAAUGCACUCAGAAAACUUGGCACAAAUGAUAAGUUUGAAACUUAAUGAUUAUAUUUGUUAUUACAUUCAUUUUUAAAUUAUUGUAUAUGUUAUAGACGUUAUAGCAAAAUGUAUACAGAUAUUGCGACUAUUUGUCAAAUUGCUCACUUGUAUCAUCAUAUUAAUUGGGAGUUUUUAGUGAAAUCCAAGGUUUUAUAACCAAGCUUGAUAAGAUAAAUCCAAUGGCGGAAUAUCAGUAUAUGCACAUAAUAUUCAAUAUAAUGUAUUUUUAAAUAUUUAAACUAUAUAUAUAUAUAUAUAUAUAUAUAUAUAAUAAUCGCAAUACUCAUCUUAUAGGCAUUCUUUAUUACAUGAAACUUUAUAUUAAAUCGCAAGUCAUCAUAAUCAUUCAUAAUCUGAUUUCUCAUAUAAUAUCGUAAUUAUGAGUUAUAUCCUAUUCAGAUUAUACAAACUUUAAUAUAGCAUUUAUAGAUAGCAAAUAUAUUCUAUCAAACUACCUAACAAUUCUAAUAAUAUAUUACAAAAUUAAUGAAGCUUCAUUAUAGAGUGCCUUAGUAGAUGAAGCAUGAUCUAAAUUAGAAUGUGUGCUCAUAUAAAAAAAUCUCCACUUUAAUGAUAAAAAUAAAUAGAAAUAUCGAAAUGAUUUAACUUCAUGCAUAUUCACAUUUAUCAAUUUUAGAACCUGCUUUCAAAUUAGUAACUAUUGUAUUGUAGAUUUUCAAACGGAUUUAAUGAUGUUUUCGAUAUAAUUAAAUUACUCUAAUAAUUUUAUUAUAACAACGUGUACUCGAAAAUAAUUAUUAUUAUGUGUUCUUUUUUUAUCAAUGGAAUUUUAACAAAGGCAUAAUAUAUAUAGAAUUUUUACUGUAAUGUCGAAAACUGUGAUGGCAGAAAGGAAUCAUACACGAUAUUUAGAUGUGUUCACAUUAUAUCUUGGGCAAAGUCUCAAAAUAAAAAUCAAUAUUUAAACAUAUCGUAUUCACAUUUCACAAGCUUCUUGCAUAAAAAUUCUUUCCAAUAACACCAAAAUGGAAGAAUAAAUGUGAAUACAUAAACCUUACACUCACAAUGCUGCAUUGUAAUAAAACUGAUAUUCGCUGAUUCUGUGAUAACUUAACUCAUAUUUUUAUAAAUAUAUAUGAUUUUAUAAUAUAUUUAAUUUCUUUUUAGCUUGCUUAAAAUUCCUUCAGAAAAGUGUAUAAUUAACACUUUUCUUAAAGGAAUGGAUAAUGUGAAGGGUUUAUGAAAAUUUUUAAAAAUAAUUAAUAAACUAUAAAUAAAUAUCGACAAAUAUCUAAUAAUGUAUAAGAGUGCAUUGACAAUUAACAAACACAGCCAAUAGCUGAUGCAUAUGCUUGUCACUACGUAUUUCAAUUUAUCAACGAAUAAAAAUAC